CGCGCGCCGACGCUGUCAUGUCCGAAAACCGUCAAACGCACAGAGCCAGUGAAUUCGACGUAAAGGGAACAACAGCUGCCGUCUCACCAUCAAAUACGUUUCUCUUCUGCAUUGAAACUUUCGUGUGAAGUGUUCCUCUGGCCCAGUGCGUCAUUCCACCGCCUUACACGAUUCAUCGAUGAUAAUAAUAUGAAAUAUAAAAGUAGUAACCCUUGUGUUUGUAGAUUUGUGUCUUUGAUGUGAGCUGGUAGUCAUAGGCCACAAAACGACCAUCCAAACAAUGCAUCAUAAGCAAUGGAUACAAUCAGCCAGCCACACUACGCUGGGGUGAAAUUAUGUUUCUUCAUCCUAUUCAUUUUACCUACAGUCAAAUCUCACACGCGCCAUGGCGAUUUAACGCUGCUGCGUCCUCCAGAAAACUGCCAGUACCUCAAGACAACAUUAAUAUGUCGCAACAGAACCACCGAGGGCCUAAAUAUCAACCCUGCGGUCACCCACGUGGACUUGGACCGCGUCACAGGCGCAAAUCUGGACGUAACUAACGUGCAUCAGUUAAAGUGGACGCGCAGCGAGAUCGUGGACGUUAGUGACUUACUAGUGAAGCCCAACCAAUUGAAAAAAUUGGAUUUGGCUUACAACAAUCUAACAAAAUUGCAAGAUCAUCAAUUUAAGGAUUAUGUCAGUUUGAACGAGCUAAAUAUAUCGAAUAACGCCAUAGUAGAUCUUCCUAGAUACGUUUUUAGCAAUCUAAACUUGUCCAAGUUGUGUUUGGCUCACAAUAAUCUGAUAGCGUUGCCUUUCCAGGUUUUCAAGCCUAUGCAGCACAUGCAUAUGCUGGAUUUAUCGUACAACCAUCUAGCCACAAUUUUAGAUCACUUUUUCAUGCUUAACAAGUACAUCGAAGUUUUGCUUUUAAACGACAACAGAAUCAAUAAGUUGACUUCAAACGCACUUGCCGAUUUAACGGAGCUUCAAAGGUUGGAUCUCUCAAACAAUAAGCUUAACGUUAUAGCCAAAGGUCUUUUCGAUCGCCUCAACAACUUAAAGUACUUAAAUUUAGCCAACAAUCCUAUAGAUAACAUGGCAAGCGGAACGUUUAGAGGCUUGAACAAUCUUAGACAACUAGAUAUAAGCGGAAAUAAAGUCACGCAUUUAACAUUUGGCUUGCUGCACUUUAGUCCAAAUUUAAUACACCUCACAAUUGAUAAUACUAGCCUUGAAUCGAUUCGUAACAGCGAACUAUUGGGAGUUUCGGGUCUGAAAACAUUACGAAUAAGGAACAAUCGAUAUUUAAAAGAAAUCGAAGCUUAUGUGUUAAGCGACACUCCUCUACUCACCGAACUAGAUAUAAGCGGCAACGAACUGCAAUUUCUGCCGCUGACCCUAAAGAAUCUCACCAACCUACAGAAAUUGAAUAUAAGCAACAAUCCUUGGGCAUGCGAUUGCAGAAUGUUUUGGUUCUACACAUGGGCAGAGAAAGCUAGGAGAGACAACGUGACAAUGUCGGAUUUAAGUUGCGGCCCUUACGCUUACCCCAACGAUAUGUUGCUCACAUUGCACCAUCUAAACUGCACUAGUCCUAGAAUAGAGUACAAAACUCCAACGAGAUUAUAUAGACUUAAGUCGGAUGCUUUGUUAGAAUGCCGUUACGCUGCCUACCCCUUGCCCACCCUGACCUGGGUCACUCCGAAAAGAGAAGUUUACCACUGGAACCCCGACCCUUUCGUUCCAGGGAUUUUUGAUAAACACCCCCAUGCUCAUAGCCAGUACAUGACUCCCUUAAGAGUAAUACCACCAAGAAUACAAGUAUUGGACAAUGGCACACUGUGGAUUAAGAAUGUCACCAGGGAAGAUUGCGGCAGAUACACUUGUUACGCCAGCAAUCCUGUGGCAAAUCAAACGGAGGAUGUUUUGUUACACAUUGACCCCACAGACUGGAACCACGUUAGAAUCAUAAGUCUCAUAGUGGGCACACAGAGCGCCGCCGGCUUCCUAGGCUUAACCCUACUGGUGCAGUUCCUGAGAUACAUCAUCAAUAGGUUCGGAAUUUUCAACAACUUCUGCAGUUUUUGCAAGCGCGACCGCGUGUCGCCGCGCGCGCGCCAAAUCUACGCGAUGCUCGACAACAUCGAACAAUACAAGAGCCAACAAUUGGAGAGGUUGCGGGAGAAUUACACGCAGCAAGUGCACAGGAUCAGGGACAACUGCAACCAGCAAAUGGAAUGGAUACAGAGCAGCUACCAGUCGCAGGCCAAACACUUGGGGCACUUCAGAGACGUCGGCACGCAGCACUUGACCACGUUGAGAGAUCAAUACAACGAUCAGGCUUCUUUGCAGGUAAAAAAGGUUCGUGAUUACUCCACGACACAGUUGAACUGGGUGCGGGAGAACUACGUCUUCCAGAGGAAUAAAAUCAGAAAAUUCAGCGCGCAUAAGGUGCUGCAGUUAAGGGAGUCCUACAAGUACCAACAGCAAACCUUGAACAAAGUCCUGGAGAACCUACCGAGUCUCUACUUUGAGAACUGCAGAGCCGGGACUUGCGGUAAGGCUGAAUCAAUUGUUUUCGAUGCUAACGACGUUGAAAACAUCGAUAUCUACCUCAAGGCGAAAAUCGAAAAGCUUGCCAAUCUGGAAGAUCCAAACAGUUCCGAGUUGUCUCAAAGCAGAUUAUCUCUGUACUACACCCCGACGGAGAGAUCUCUGGACUCGGACAGUCUGAAGAGUCCAUUGGGAGAUAUAUACAUAAACCACAUAGAAAAUAUGUCGGAAUUGCCGCCGUUGCCACCUCUGCCACCCUACGAGGGCCCUUCAACCUCCAAGGCGUGUUUUUUGGACCUGAACGCCAGCAUCAGCUCGCAAUGCAUGAUCGAGGCUGAGAAACACGUCGCCAAAGGGGCCGGGGACGAGACGGCCCUUUAGGGGAUAAAUGAAAUUUAAAUGUGAUACGCUAUCACAGUGUAGAAGGCUACCUAUUUUUUUAAUUUAGUGCCAACCAAAUAGGAUUUUAAAAGACUCUAGACUCACUGUACCAUUUACUUUUACUAGUCCAUAAUGUAUAAUUUCGAUUUUUUUAAGACUGGAAAGUGAUUUAGUUUCUUUAGGUAAGUAAGCUUGUGUAGCGAGGUAGUUUAGUUGAAUUUGAAUUAAAAAAAAAUACUUUAUAAUAAAAAAAGAGGUUUAUGAGUUCUAGAUUUAUUAAGUAUGUAACUUUUCUCUCCCAGCUCUGUCAACUAAAGCUAAAUGUUUUUUAAAAGUGAUUUCUACACUGAUAUAGGGACUUUUAUAUUUUUUAAUUUUUAAUUAUUGAACUGUAAGCGGGUACCAAAUAAGAUAUAAAUGAAUAUUUUAUUAUCAAGAAAUUAUUAUUAUUCUCUUGUUAAUUUAUAUAUUGUCAUUGUGAUUUCAUUAUAUUGUUAACUAUCAAAAUGACGUUUUUCGACGUCGAAAUAAAUAC